AUGGCCUAUAGACAGCUGUUCCUUGUCUCCUGUCUCUUGGCUGUUGUGUUCCUUUCCAUUCUGCAGGAGGGGACUGGUGCGUCAGUGGGCACCAGGCAGGUGGCAGGACAAGAGGCCCAAGAAGGUGUGGAACAGAAGAUUUUCAUGCAGGAAUCAGAUGCCUCGAAUUUCCUCAAAAGGCGCGGCAAGCGGUCCCCCACAUCCCGAGAUGAGAUCAAUGCGGAGAAUAGGCAGAAGCUGCAGGCUGACGAGCUGCGGCGAGAAUAUCACGAGGAACAAAGGAACGAGUUUGAGAACUUUGUGGAGGAGCAAACUGACGAACAGGAAGAGAGAAGCCGGGAAGCUAUUGAGCAGUGGCGCCAGUGGCAUUAUGAUGGGCUGUACCCAUCAUAUCUCUAUAACCGCCACCAAAUCUGACCUCGUCUUGAGAGACCCAGCAGACGGAGCUUGAA